UGUGCAGUGUUCAUGUUGUCUGACCUGGGGAGAAAUUUGUUUGGAUGACAGCUAUUAUAGAGGCUUGGAAUUUAGUGUAUGCAAAAUGACCACCUGCAAAACAUGCCUACUGCAUACUGUGGGGGUUUGCAGUCCUCAGGACUGCCAGAGACUGUGUGCUGAGCAUGCUGUCUGUCAUGUGGCAGGGUCUGCUGUGUCCAGGGCUCUAAUGGCAUGAGGACACCACACUUUUUGUCCAGUCUCCACCACUCCCACCAGCUUGGAGUGUGGCUGCACUCCCAUUUUGAGCACAGGGAUAUUGCCUGGUUUUUGCCUGCAUGUGGCAUUAUCUUCCUCUGAAACUCUUUUUAUGAAACCUGAUGGAUGAAAUCUUGCACUGUUUGUAGCAAGAAAAAAAUCUCCAAGGCACAUUUUGUUUGACUUGUUUUGAAAGCAGUCUUGUAUGUGGGCUCCAUGUGCAUCAAAGCCAGGAAGUCUGGAUAAUGCCCUGGAGUUUGUAAGAUCCAUGUUGGAGAAAUAGACGUGGACAUGAAUUUAAUGGAAUUUUCACUAUCAAAACUGAGCUGAGUAAGAACCCCCCAUCACACGUGCUUAUUCAGUCCUUUUUUGUCUUACUGUUUGGGGAAAAUUCCUCUGCUGAGAAGUUUAAAAUUUCUAGGUGACAGGCAUUGCCUUUGGUAGUUCCUUUUUUUAAAAAACUCAGUUCCCCCAUGGGCCACAAUCACUCAGUAUUAGCCUAUUUUGGUGUCUGCUGUCUGCUUCUGCCUGGGCAGCUGUUUGCUCCAGCUCUUGCUUAAGAGUCAUUGCCCCUGUCUCUUUUGUCUUCAUCUGCAAUCCUGGCCUGAUCUUGUGUCCAUACAGGGAAGUUCAUUACCUCAUCCUUCAUAGUGCAGCAACUUCUCUGCCAAAACACUGUCAAUUUAACCCAGUAUGAAGGAGAAGGGUGAAAGUUGUAUCUAAAUUUUAAUAUGGUUUUUUUUGCAUAAUUAACACUCCCAAAGGUGAGGCAAGUAGAACCUCAAGUGCUGUUGUAGAGGUUCAUACUGUCUUUUCACUGGCCUUAUUGUUUUCAGAGUAACUAAGAAAAUGGAAUCCCAGUCUUGAGAAAUUAUAGGUUUUAUAGCAUUCAAGGCAAUCUUGAAGUCAUGGUAAGCAAUAAUGUGAGGGAAGAAAUAAGCAAAAAGAGGUCUUCACCACUAGUGCUGUAGAAGUACCAGACGUUAAAGAAUAGAUACCUUUUUUAAAAAUUAAGCAUCUAUUAAUUAUGAAUUAGCAAGGAAAGUACUUUGUAACCUUCUAUACUAACUUAGGCUUCUUUUAUGCAGUCUUUGAUUAGUGUAACACUUCCUAUAUUGAGCAGUCUGCAUUUUUUUUUGUAAAGGCUGUUAAGAUGUCAAAAUGGAAAGAGUGGUUGGAAACUGUUCAUUCAACUGUUCAUUCAUUCAACUGUUAGUAAACAGGUUUAUCUCCUAAGUUUAGUUUAGGAUUGAUUACAUAUCAAUGAAUGUAUUUCUGUAUUGAUUUUGAACCUGUUAUGACUCUGCCUGCUAAAGUGAUACUUCUUAUGCUUCCUUACUCAUCACAUUGCUUCUUGGGUCCAGGAGGACUUGGCACUUACUUCUUGUUAGUCUUUGUCUGACCACUGUAAUGUUGCAGCCUAAGGCAAUUAAGAACAGCAGGAUAUGAGCCUUAAUGUUUUUACUAUGCCUGAGCGGACAUUUCUAAUAGUCAAACUGUGUUACUAUGGCAUUCUUGUUAGUUUGUUUUCUUUUUGUUCAGCAUCAGUAUAUUUCUGGAAAAAUUAAUUACUUUGCUUUGUAAUUAAUGAGGAGUUAAUGUCUUAGUUCCUAUUAAUGUUUUUAAUGAGUAUUGAAUACCUUCUGAUAAUGAAAGAAAAAGAAGAGAAAGCUGAAAGGGGAGGAGAAGAGAGGGAAGAGUAAGAAACUGGUAGGGCGGUUUGGUUUUUUUACGGGAUUGAUUUUUCUUCUUUAAAGAUGUUCUUCCUUUCUCAACUUUAUAUGAAGCGGAUGGUGCUAUGCAGGGCCAACGGUUGGACUCGAUCCUUGAGGAUCCCUUCCAACUCAGCUUAUUCUGUGAUCCUGUGAAAAAUAGAAGACUUAUUUAUAUAUAUAGAAAUACAUAAUUUUAAAAAAAAUAAUUGUUUGACCACUCAGGAAGGCAAAUAGGAAGCUGUCUUCCUAUUUAACUUAUAUUUCUAAAAUUAAUAUUAUUUCAGCUGAAUUGAUUGAAACUUCCGGACUGGGAGGGCAUCGUGCCCUUAUGUGGAUAAUGGAAGAGUAAAACUUUUAUGUGAAGAUGUAUUGGCCAAAGUUACAAAUAUUUUUAUAUAUUUUAUACCUUAUGUGUUGCAUGUUGACAGGUGUUUCACAAAAUCUAAAAUUUAAGUAGCUCUAUAUAAUAUGUGUCUGCAGAAAAGAACAGAUGAUGUAAUUGUGUAGCAGCUUUGGAGGACUUCAGUGGUGCAUCAGUGACUGGUUCUAUAACACAUUUAAGCCUGUAGAUAGAUAGUGCAUAACUUCCAAUAGCUUGCAGAAAUAAUCUAUAUAAAUGUUCAUUGUCAAGUGUCAAAACAGUGGUCUAAUUCUAGAGUCAUCUGAAGUUUAGUGUCUUUGUCAGAAAAAAAUCCUAAUUACCCCAGUAAUCUUGCAAAAUCAUUAUUUAUCCAACUCGUUUAACAAAGGGAGCUAUGCUUUUUCCACAGAGCGAAGACAGCUUGUCAUUCAGUAAAGCUGUACUUUCAGCAUGGAAAGGAAAGACUGUAACUCUAGUUUUAUCAGAAGUGAUUAAAGAAGUGUAGGGAACAACCCAUCUUCAGCACCCGAGCUCAUGUCUUCCAGAUUGACCCAAACACAAAGAAGAACUGGGUUGCCACCAGCAAGCAUGCUGUUACUGUGUCCUACUUCUAUGACAGCACAAGAAAUGUCUACAGGAUAAUCAGUUUGGAUGGCUCAAAGUGAGAAUCACAUCUGCAGCAGGGGUAGGGGAAGAGCAGCAGUGGAGUUGACGGGCAACUUGAGAGGCACUGCCUUAAGGAACAAAGAAAUACAAGUGCAAUAAUAAACAGCACCAUCACCCCCAACAUGACAUUUACUAAAACAUCCCAGAAGUUUGGCCAGUGGGCAGACAGCAGGGCAAAUACAGUCUAUGGCUUGGGAUUUUCAUCUGAACAUCACCUUUCAAAAUUUGCUGAAAAAUUUCAGGAGUUCAAAGAAGCUGCACGAAUAGCAAAGGAAAAAUCCCAUGAAAAAAUGGAGCUAACAAGUACACCCUCUCAAGAAUCAGCUGGAGGGGAUAUUCAGUCUCCUUUAACUCCGGAGAGCAUCAACGGGACCGAUGACGAGCGAGCGAUGCCAGAAGUGAUGCAGAACUCAGAACCAAGGGCUGAACCAACACAGAAUGCAUUGCCAUUUACUCAUAGUUCGACAAUCAGCAAGCAUUGGGAAGCAGAACUGGCCACGCUCAAGGGUAAUAAUGCUAAGCUCACAGCAGCCCUGCUGGAGUCCACUGCCAAUGUGAAACAAUGGAAACAACAACUUGCUGCAUAUCAGGAGGAAGCAGAGCGUCUUCAUAAGCGGGUGACUGAGCUGGAGUGUGUGAGCAGUCAAGCCAAUGCAGUUCACACUCAUAAAACAGAAUUAAACCAGACAAUACAGGAAUUAGAGUCUACACUGAAGAAAAAAGAAGAGGAAAUAGAAGGAUUGAAACAAGAAAUUGAAAAUGCCAGAGAGCUCCAAGCACAGAGGGAUUCUCUGACCCAGAAGUUACAGGAAGUAGAAAUUCGAAACAAAGACCUGGAAGGACAGCUGUCUGAUCUAGAGCAACGUCUGGAGAAAAGUCAGAAUGAGCAAGAAGCUUUUCGCAAUAACUUGAAGACACUUUUAGAAAUUCUUGAUGGAAAAAUAUUUGAACUAACAGAAUUACGAGAUAACUUGGCCAAGCUAAUAGAGUGCAGUUAAAGAAAAUGGGAUUUCAGUGCCAAUCAGCUUAAAGAUGCACUGUCUCUCUUCAUAGGACCAUGUUGGGCUCUGCAUCAAAGUUGCACAAAAUCAGAAAAUGCUCCUCUGAGAGGGAUUGUUUUAAAUUUGACUCGUAAUUCAAUGUAAAAUUUAGAACUUAGCUUGUAGCCAGUUUAAGAAAAAAAUAACUAAGAAAAAAACUUGAAUUACAAAUUACCUCCUUUUACAUUAUUGGCAGCAGAUAACUUGAAAAACAUUAAGAAUAAUAGAAUGCAAUCCUUUUCUAAUUAUCAGUGAUGGAAGAAUUAGCAGUGUCCCAGGACACACCCCAUUUUGUGACAUAUACAAUAUAGGUUAUUGGCUGUUUUAUUUAAGAUAUUUAAAUGCUGUGUUUUGUGCAAGAACUUAGUGAUGACAGCCCUGUAUUUUGUUCUUAAUAAUUUCUCAGGAUAUGUUGCACUGUGGAGAAGCAGUGCCGGAACAAAUUUAUUCUUGCCGGGAAUGAGAGAGAGUUGCAUCUUUAAUUGAAACAAAUUUACUAUAAUUGCUUGUAUAAACUUCUUCCUUUUUGUUUUUUUGGGGUCGGUUGGCUGGUUGUUUUUUUGGGUUUUUUUUAUAGCUAUACAUAUAUACUGGAAGAUACCGUAUUUCUUUAUGGAGCUUACUUUGGUGUUCUACAAUAUUGUCCAAUGUGAGGUUUAGUUUCUCAUAUGAAUUCCAUGUACUUACAGUGAGAUAGUAUCUUCCACUUAACUAAAUUUUGAAGCCAACCAGUGACAGAAGGUGAGUCCCACAGGAAAAAUAAAAAGCCCAAACAGCCCUGAGAAUUUUAAAUGUAAACUUACCAUUUUAAAUUUGACCUGCACACAUAACAAGGAAUGGCCAGUCUUUUGUUUUCUGGCCUUGAUACUUUUAAUGAAUGUUCAGUUUGCUGUUAAUCUGUUCUGCAAGAGAGACUUUUUCAGAAUGUGACAUGAAGUAGAGGUUCUGUGAAUAAUGGCUUACGGGGAGCACUGUUCUGUUUCGGAUUCAUUAAGAGCACAGAGGUACUGCAAGGGAUUGUUCGUACACUGAACGUGUCUAGCCAAAAAGGCUAGAAGUUUUUUCUUGAAGUUUUGUUGUCAUAGCAAAUUGAACUGAAGACAUGUUUACUCUUUUAUGGGUCUUCAUAUCACAUCUUUAUCCUAACUACACCAGGCAAUAUUCUGAACUGUUAACUAAGUGUUUAAAAACAUUGAAUUGAAUUAUCCUCAGUGAGCAGGUUUUAAAGUUGUUUUGAUGUAAUUUUAACAGACUUUUGGCAAACACAUAUUUCUUUAUAUAAUAGAUUUAUUUAAAAAAAAAAACAACUCUUUGAAAGGUAAGCCAAUUGUCAUGUGUCUUGCAUCACAGUGCAUUCUUGCCAUAAAUUGCUUGUAAUGCUGAAGAAGAGGGCUUUUUUAAAAUGUAUGAAUGAAUGUCAGACCUCAGAGUUGAAAGAUGCACAAACCUUUGUUUGCUCCCCAAAUUAAUUUGAAUGUUGAACAUGAAAUCUAGCUGCUUAUUCAAUUUGUAGAACACAGUUUUCUUCACUUAGAUUGAAGUAGAAAAGAUAAGCUUGUUUUCAUGUAUGUACUGUGUGUAUGUACCAUAUAAUACACGCAGGUUGUCAUUUAUAUUGGAAAGACAUGCUUUAUUUCUGAAAUACUUUUUCUUUUCUUUUCUUAAGUGGUGAUUUAUCAGUUCUCCCCUGACUAGUCAGGGAAGUGGCUUAGGUUAAAUGCUAAAACUGUAAUGUAUUAUAUGGUAUGUAAUAUACACAAUGUUUACGCUUUCUCCAUAUUUUUUAGGGUAUUUUCUCACAUUUAUUAAAGGGGUGGGGGGAGCUUGUUUCAUUGUGCUACUGGUUGAAAACUUUGUGGUGAGCUACAUGUUAAUCAUUCAGGGGAUUUUAGACAGUAGUGUGUAUAUCUUCAUCAGGUCCAUAUGAGCAGAUACAGCCAGUUUUUAAUUUUCCUGGGGAUAUUUGGGCCUGAUUCUCCUGUCACUUGUGCUGCUGUAAACCAGAUGUGUCCUUGAUGUGAUGUCAGCAACAUUCUGUUGGCAUAACAUCCGUGGAAGUGCAAGGAGAAUUUGGCCUGUUAAUGCUCAGUGGACAUAAUAAGGAUGAAGAAAGAAUAAAAAAAAACAUAACGAUGGAAUAAAUGUAAUAUUAUUUUUAAUGAUAUUAUUAUUGACAUUUUUAAAGAUAUGAUGUCAUAUGUGUGGGAAGAAUAGUGGACAGAAAUAUUUCCACUUAAAUUUUGUGAAUAUGUGUGGUACAUGAGCAUUUAUAUGUAUAAGUACACACACAUAUGUAUAUACAGAACAUGGAAAAAUUUAGAUGUGCACAUUUUUAAUAUUUUCCUAUUGAAAUUAAAUUUAAAAUUGGAAAUUGAUAUUUGAGAAUUUCUUUUUCUCAUAGAAUAGAUAAGCUUCAUUUCUUCUUUUUUUUUUUAAUAAUACAAUUACUGAGGGCUGCACCUUUGAAUUCCCAAAUAGUUGCCAAACAUAAAUAUGGGAUGAGGUGGACAUACGUGCACAUAUAAAUAAAAUCCUAUGUCUAAGACUAUUUUUAAUGCUUAUGUACAGUAGGCAAGCGUUUAGAAUUGGUGAUCUAAAGUUCAUACUUAGGUGGCUAUACCUACUGUAGCCUCUUCACUUCUGUUUUAACAUAAAGGUUUUGCCAUUUGAAACAUUAUGUCCCAGAAACAAGUACUGUACAUUGUAUCUAUCUUUAAUGAAACUGUGGGAAUAUGUAUACAAGAAGACAGUGUUCAGUACUAUAGCCUGAAAACAUUACCAUGAACUUGCACUGGAGGGGAGAGCAGUUACUUUGUGUAUAAAUUUAAAUGGCAACUACAGUCUUGGGGAAAAAAAAAAAAGCCAACAAAAGAAUUACCAUAAGCCUCACAGAAAUACAGAAAUAGAAAAAAAAAAAAAGAAAAAAGAUAUUAAACCACAGUUCUUUAUUUUGAAAUACACUUGCUAUUCUCUGGAGAAUGUAUUACUCUUUUUUUUUUUUCCUUAAAUCUUUUUCAAGUAUGUGCAAGUGAUAGCAGCAGCUACCUUAAUCUUUCAGGUGCUACUGGAUUUUGCAUUAGUGUGUUUAUGUUGUGAAAUCCUGACUUUGACAUAAAAAUUUUUUGUAAGUAUAUCCCCCUCUGGGUAGCUAGUUUUUGAAUUGUAUUGUUCAUAAUCUAUAUGCCUCAAUGAUCCAGAAAUUGCAUUUUUCUAUGUGGACAAAGUAAAACAUGUGACUUAAACUAUCCAUUAUAGAUGACUAGAAGUUCCUUUUCCUGGCCAAUAUAUCCAGGAAAGAGGAGAACAAAAUGAACUGAUAAUGCAGAAAUGCGGUUAUAAUGUCUCUAAGAAAAUACAUUUUCAGGUAAAAUAUAAAUAAAUAAAUAAAUAAAUUAAUUAAUUAAUUAAUAAAGGGCUAAACCAGUUGUUACACAAA